UCUUAGCCCAGCCCUGGUAGCCUCCCAUGUAGUCACACUGCUCUGCAGCACUGACAGGCAGGAGAGAGGCAGAGACAGACCCUCCUUCCCCAUCUCCAGCUGGGAGUCAGCAGGAGUUAGAGGAAAGGAAACAAAGAAGGAUCUCCCUGGCCUGUGGUGACACAAAGAAUAGUCCCAGCCAAGGAAUGGAUGUGGGGCUGCUGGAGAUCCCUGCAGAGCUCGCAGCCCUCCUGCACUUUGUUGAAGGUCGACACCGAGCACAGGCCAACCAGAUAACUGAGACACAGCCCCCAGAAGUCAAGGUCAAGGAUAACCUUUCCCUCCCUCCCACCAUCAACAGCUAUCCUUUCUCCUCCUUCAUCAAAUCACACUUCCAGAAGACAGAUUUCCCUGCCCCUGGUCAGCCUCUGCAGCACCCCUUGACACACCUGGAUGCUGAACGCCAGGAGAGUGCACUUGAGAUAAACAAACUGAUUUUGCGGUUCAUUGGUGACAAGAGUCUCAGUGGCUGGCAGGAGGUCCUGCUGGGCAACUACAUUGCUUGGAGAGGUUUGAGUGAUGCUGCUCUGCGCAAUGAAAUCUUCAGCCAGGUGGUUGCCCAGACCUGGAGGAACCCAGACACUGAGCACAGCCAGCGAGGCUGGGUCCUGAUGGCGACUCUGCUGAGCUGCUUUGGCCCCUCACCAGCACUGGAGAAGCCACUGCUGAAGUUUGUGUCAGACUAUGGCAUGGAGGGCUACAACGCUGUUUGCCAGCGCAAGAUGCUGACGGCAGCUCAGUGCGCAGAGACAGAGCCUGCACGCUCUCGGGCUUACCCUCCCACCCAGCUGGAGUGGACAGCAAACCAGAGGAGAGGCAAGAUGGUGCUGGAUGUUCAUACCUUUAAUGAGGAGAAGUUCUCAGCUGAGGUGGAGUCCUGGAUGACUGGGGAGCAGUAUGCAGCCUGGAUCCUGAGUGCAAGGGGCUGUGACAAGAGUACUCGAGGGUGGUCUGUCUCCAUGUUCACUGGCAACACAUGGCAGGACCUGCUGGGCUGUGACUUUGUGCUGGACCUCAUUGGAGAGAUGGAGGAGACCAGCAACUUCAGCAGCUCCUCCCGGGCCCCCACUGAGUACCCCAUCACUCCAGAAAGGGACAGGAGCAUCCUGCAGUCCUCUGACCUGGACAUGAUCCCUCCUGCUCCAGGUAUCCAGGCCCCUGCCUUCCCCCCACCCAGCUUUCCUCCAGAACUUCUUGGUGUCCAUCCAGAUUCAAGGUUUAGAGAUGACUUGAGUACCCCUGUAGGCUUGGAUCACUAUGUGGAUGAUCUCUUCAGCCCUGUGCUGCAUCAGGGCUCCAGAGUGUCUGACAUGGAGAACAGAGAGAUUCUCACCAGACGCAUGAAAGGAGGUGGCAAGAUUGGACCAACACAGAGAGGAAUCCUUCCCUCCACAGGCUUCUCUGGAAUGACUCAAACACCAGUUUACCAGCCCGUGCCCUCCAUGGUGGGGAUGCCAGCAGCCAUGCCCAUGAUGCCAGGGGCUGGUGGGGUUGCACCUAUGCCAGCCAUGGUGAUGCCCCAGCCCAUGGUUCCAGCUGUAGAUCCCAGCCAGCUGGCAGCACAGCAGCAAGCCUUUAUCAACCAGCAAGCCAUGCUCAUGGCCCAGCAGAUGACCCUUCAAGCCAUGAGCAUUUCCCAGCAGCAGCAGCAGGAGCUGCAGAAGUGGCAAAAGUCUCUUGAGAACUCAAGGCCAAGAGUCUCAAGCUCAGCAAAAGCCUCAGCCCCAGCCACUCUCCCAAAACCCAAGACACCUUCCAGCAGCCAGGCUGCUGCAACACCAUCAAGGUCUCCAGAGCUACCAGCUAAGGCAAAAGAGCUGGAUUACAACUACACAGAAGAGGAGUUCUCCAGCAGUGAGGAUGAUGACUAUCCUCGGGAAACCUUCCAGCAGAAGAGAGAGUACUUCCAGAAGAUGGGAGAGCAGCACAUCCGAGUAAAGAAAGUCAGACCUAGCAAAACCUGGACUCCUCCAGCAAAACCCCAGCCAAAGGAGGAGGAGAAAAGAGAGGAGCUGGAGAAGAGGAAAGAAGUGAAGCCUGUCCCUAAAGCAGAGCCAGCUCCUGCUUCCCCUCUGCCACCUCGUAAACCAAAGCCAAAAAUGGAGACACCAAAACCAAAGAAGGAGCCACCUGUAGUGAAGCCUUCAGGGCCUGAGUCACGUCCUGCACCCAGCCACGAGAUCGGGAACAUCAUCAAAAUGUACCAGAGCAGACCAGCCCCUGAGCCCCAGCCCUUUGAGCCCGUCAGGAGAGUAUCCAAGCCAUUUAUAAAGAAGAAUGACCCCAAAAAUGAGGCUCUGGCCAAGCUGGGAAUGAUGAACCCCUCACCUCAGCCAUCACCAUCUCCUGUGCCACAGGAGAAGAAAACACCUCCACCUGUCAAACCCAAGCCAGGGCCAGCUUCCAGCUCUAUCAAGGAAAAGCAGUUGCCUCUCCUGUCCAUCUUCAAACCAGAGGGUGCCCCACCAGCUUCCCAGGCCCGUCGUGCUCCCCUUCUUCCCCAGCCAACACCUGAGGACCAAGGCAGGCAGGAAUCCACAGGGAAAGACUCUGCUGUGACAGUGGCAGGUGAUGAUGGGAUCAAGACCCAGCUGUACAAGCUCACUGCCAGUGUCAGCUUUUCCUAUGUUGACCCUGCCUGGAAAAUUUUUCUGCGCAAAGAGGUGUUUUACCCCAAAGAAAAUUUCAGCCACCCUUAUUGUCUGAACUUGCUGUGUGAACAGAUCAUCCGUGACACCUUCUCUGAGUCCAGCUUUCGGAUCUCCAGGGAGGAGAAGCGCAAGAUGAAAGACCUGCUGACGGAGUUCCGAGUUGGCAACAGUGCCCAGUCCAUUCAGGAGGAUGGGAUAAAGAAGAGGAUUGUAGUGGCUGCUCGGGACAACUGGGCCAACUAUUUCUCCCGCCUUUUCCCAGUUCAGGGUGAAAAGGGAAGUGAUGUGCAGAUCCUGGGUGUUUCUCACCGGGGCAUGAGGCUGCUGAAGGUGGAGAAAGCAGCUGGAUACCAUCCUGAGCACCUCAAGAUCUUAUGCAGCUAUGGCUUUGCAGAUGUGCUGUCAGUGGAGAUGAAAGGCAGCCAUUCCCUGGAGUUCUCCCUGAAGACAGAGCAGCUCAUCCUGCACUCUCCGAAGGCUCCGUGCAUCAAGUCCAUGGUGGAACUCUUCAUGCAGGAGCUGAGGCAGGACACCAACUACGUUGUGGCUCUGCGCAGCUACAUCGUGGAUGACAAGAGCCUGCUCAGCUUCAAGAAGGGCGACCUCAUCGAGCUGCUGCCCAUGCAGGGCGUGGAGCCAGGGUGGCAGUUCGGCUCCACCGGUGGCCGCUGUGGUCUCUUCCCCACCAGCCUGGUGCAGCUGGCUCCUGCCCCUGACUACCUCAGCACCAGCAUGGACAGACGGGGAGAGCAGCGGAAGAGCACGAAAGCUUCCCCAGAGAGCAGGAACACCAGCAGGGAGAGUUCUGUCCUCAGCCUGACACCAGAAGCCACCAGCAGCAUGUUAGUCCCUGCUGGUGACCAUUACACCAUGACUGACUUCGCCAUCGCCUACUUCCGAGAGGCCCAGUCCCUGCAGGGCCUGAAGGGGACAUCUGCUGAGAAGAGUGUUGCUGACCUGGUGCGGCACACCAAGGUCCCAAUCCAGGCGUCUUUGCUCCAGUACUCUGACAGUGAGCUGAACGAGCUGGCUACAAAGAACUUCCAGACGCUGAUGCGGUUCAUGGGAGAUCAGCCAAAACACAAGCACCAGGCUGAGGUCCAAUGCAUCUAUGAAAUCCUUCAGCUGUGCAAGGAAAAGGAGAAUUUACAUGAUGAGAUCUACUGCCAGGUCAUCAAACAGGUCACCCACAACCCUCAGCAGGAGAGCGAGCUGCGGGGCUGGCUGCUCCUAAACCUGCUCACUGGGUACUUCCUGCCUUCCAAAAUCCUGAUGCCCUAUGCCACCAAGUUCCUGCAGCUGGCCAGCAGUGAUCCAUCCAGCACCCACCACGAUAUAGCCAAGAUCUGCCAGAGCAACCUGCGCAAAAACUUCCUGUACGGGGGCCGUCGGCACCUCCCUUUCCCUGUGGAGAUGGAGGCUCUGCUGAAGGGACACGGUGCCCGCCGGCUGGUGGUGCUGAUGCCUGGAGGCAUGGAGUACCUCACCAGGAUCAGGACAUUCACUGUGGCCAAGGAGCUCUUGCAGGAGAUCUGUGAGCAGAUGGGAAUAGGUGAACAGCAAGAGAUACAGGACUUUGUUCUCUUCGCUAUCAGGAGUGACGACAAAAAUCUUGGUAAAAUGGUGAGGCCAAUAAAACUGGAGGAGUAUCUGCAUGAUUACCUGCUGGAGGACAAGCUGGUCACUGUCACCUUGCGCAGGCUCAUCUGGAGGACACCUCUGCACUUUGACAACCAGACUUACACAGAUGUCCAUUAUGGACAGGUGCUGUGGGAUUACCUGAAUGGGAGGAUCCUGCUGAGCCAGAGUAAAGAAAUGGAGAUGCAGGUGGGCCUUUUGGCAAUGCUCCAGCACUGGGCCAAAAUGGAGCAGCAGAACUCUGCUCCCUCCAGGGAAGAACUGAAGGAAUACAUUCCAAAGACCCUGCAGCCCUCCAUCAGCCUCAAGGCUCUGCACAACCACGUGGCCACACUGCUGAGAACAAGGCAGCCCCUCCAGCCACUGGAUGCCAAAAUCCAGUUCAUAGAGCACGUGAUGAAAUUGCCUUUCUUUGGCUACACCAUCUUCAUAGUGGAGAGAAUCAGUGAUAACAUGGUCCCUGUGCCCUGUUUCUUUGGUGUGAACAAGGAGGAGAUCAUUUUGGUGGAUGGCACCACCCAGGUGGUGUCCCAGGUCAUCCCUCUGAAGGAGCUGCAGAAGAUGCGCACCCUGAGGCCCGUCUCUGAUGGGGGCCUUCCCGGCCUGGAGCUCAGCUAUGGCUCCCCUAGCAGCCCCAGGGCCAUGUGGGUGGAACUGUCACAGGCCAAAGAACUGUACCACACAAUUGUGGCCAUCCUGGAUAAAACACAGUUGCACUCCUAGAGCCUAAAAGAAGGAGAAAACAAAGGAAAACAGCACUAUUUCCCUUGCUCUGAACUUGAUCAGUGCUUCCUGACCCA